UCAACAAUAAUAAUGAUACAUGGAUCCAUAUAAAUACGACGAAAACGAUAUCGAUGAAUCAAAUAAUUUAUUAAAUAAAAAUGCGAAACCUGAAGUUAAACCUGCGUGUAAUCAGAUCCGUGUUGAAUUGAAAGAUUGCUUAAUAAAUACAGAUUGUGUUAAAAAAUUUAAUCUAUCUCCUAAAGAUUGCCUGACAAAUAAUCAUCCUUCAGUUCCGCAUUUGUGCUAUAAAUUAAGGACUGCAUUUUUUGAGUGCAAAAGAUCGAUACUUGAUAACAGAACAAGAUUUAGAGAUAUUAUAAAUUUUUCUGCUGGACCUUCAAAAAUCCCUAAUGAAGUUAAGCAAACUAUGUAUAAGGAAUUUCUGGAUUAUCAAAAUACAGGUUCCAAUAUAUUUGAGCUUAGUCAUAGAUCAGAAUAUUUUGUAAAAAUUGUAAAAAGAGCCAAGGAAUCCCUCAAAACUAUAUUUGAUAUUCCAAACAAUUAUGAAGUUUUAUUUAUGCAAGGAGGUGCAACUGCUCAAUUUAGUGCCAUCCCAUUAAACCUGAUCAAAAAGGAUCCUAAUUUCGGGGGUACCUUUGUUCCUCCUGAUUAUUUUAUUACUGGGCAAUGGUCGGCUAAAGCUGCCAAAGAGGUUAAAUCAUUAUUGGGCCUUAACAGCGUGAAUUUGAUAACUCCUAUAGAUAACGCUGGCUUGCAGCAAAUUUUAACUUCAACACCUCCAUCAUACGACAAUAAUAAAAUCACUGUUUUUAACGAUAAAUAUAACGUUGAUUCCCUGUUAGAACGAUAUUUGAUUAAUAGAAUUAACCCCGAAUCACCUUAUUUCUACUAUUGUUCUAACGAAACUAUAGAGGGAUUCGAGAUAAAUGACCAGCAUACAGUGCGCAAUGCUACUAUGGAUGAAUCUGGCAACUUUUUGGAUAUUUUAGAAAGAGCUUAUAAACGGAAAUCGGACUUAUUAAACUCACAAAAUUUGAAUAAAGAGGACAAAGGUGAGGGAUAUUCUUAUAAAAAACCCGUUAUUGUGUGCGAUAUGUCAUCCAAUUUAUGCACAAAAAAGAUUGAUUUGACCCGGUUCGGUCUAAUAUACGCAGGUGCUCAAAAGAACAUAGGUAUCGCUGGUAUUACGGUGGUUAUAAUUAGGAAAGAUUUAAUCAAUAGUCAAUCUCCAUAUUUUCCAGUUCCCAGUGUGAUGAAUUACGCGGUUGUCUCUAAGGCCGAUAGUCUGCCUAACACUCCCCCUGUUUACAGUAUAUACGCAUUAGCCCUUACUUUAGAAUGGAUUUUGGACCAAGAAAAUAAGGAUUUUAGAUGUAAACACCAAAAUAAAAUCCAGAAUGGGCAUUCAGUCACCAACGGAAAUCCCGAUGAUUGCAGCUGUUAUGAGAUUAUGAACGAAAAGGAAAACAUGAGUGGAAGCACAUAUUGGCAACUUGUGUCUCACAUGAAAAGCUUUCGAAUUUACCAAGUAAUUGACUCUACGCAAGGAUUCUACAGCCUUUUAUGUCCAGAAUUAAAUAAAUCAAACAAAGAUGAUCAACUAGAUUUUUCCCAUUUUCGUAGUAGAAUCAAUAUAUCGUUCGCCAUAAAUGGGCAGGCUCAAUGGCAAAAUGAGUUUUUAAACCGGACUGCCAAGGAGGAAAAUAUGCUCUACUUGAAAGGACACCGAUCCGUAGGUGGUGUUAGAGUAUCGCUCUUCAAUUCUAUAACCAUAGAAGAAACUAAUAGACUAGUUGAUUUUAUGAAUAAAUUUUGGGCGGAAAAGAAAAAUGAAUACCUCGCUAUCAUAUCUAAAGGAAACGACUGAUUUGUAUAUGGGAUAUUUAAACCAAUAUUAUUAUGCACAAUAUAAGAUAUCUCUUGGAACAGCAGUAUAUUAUUGAUUAUAAUACGGUACUUAAAUGUUUAUUUUUAUGCCUUAUUUUAUUAAAUUUUAAACAAAUGAUUUUUUAUAAAGAAAAAUUUUAAAGAUUUGAAUUGAAUCAAUUAUUUGUCGAUAAAGUCUUAUUUAGUCAUUAAUGAUUUUGUCUAGAUUUAGGGUAUAUUUGGUGUGGUUUUAUUUUUAAUUUUUUUUUUUAAAAAAAGCAUUAAAUUGAAUUAUAUUUUUUAUAAUAUUUAUAUCCACACAUACAUCCACCUGAAAAAAUCGAUUUUAUAUCAUACAUUAUACGAUCCAUUUUAUAAAUUUA